UCCCCGAUAUCUUUUGCGCAGUUCUACCGACACAAACAUGGCCGGCGUGUAUCUUUGUCUGCUACUGAGCAUUACAGCGUCACUGGCACUGAAACGUCAGACAAUAGACAAUUCGGAAGAUUUUGUUGCUGGAAAACUUGUGGCUCGUGUCAUCUUCGAAGACCUAACGGAUGCAUCCGGACUAGCAGCCAGCCGAAAAUUCAAGAAUGUCCUAUACACCCACAACGAUGGAAACGGGGGUCCCUAUAUCUACGCAAUAAACGCAACAUCCGGGGCUCUGAUCGCUUCAUUAAGAAUUGCAAAUGCCAAGAAUCAUGAUUGGGAGGAUAUUGCUGUCGGUCCGUGUGGAAAUUCCAGUUGUAUUUACAUUGCUGAUUCUGGCAAAAAACAUUCAACUCCAAAAAACACAAUAUACAGAGUGCUAGAGCCCGAUUUCAUUAUUAGGAAUAUGGAUCAAGUUUUACCCCUCGAUUCCACUGCUCGAUACACAUGGUCAGAGAAGGAAUCAGGAACGUUGAUGGUCGAUCCCAAAGGGGAGGUAUACCUUAUAGGAUAUAUAUGCAGCGGGCGUGGAAUGAUUUCCAAUCUCCCAAAGAGUGCGUGGGGAAGCCCUAACCCAGUCAAUAUUGAUUCAUCCCAGUUUCUUCCUAUUCAUACUGAUCACAACGACCCAGUCUCUGGCGAUAUUUCCAUGGACGGUAGCGAACUCCUUAUCAAAUCAAAAUACCACAUCUUUUACUGGAAAAUUAAGGGCGGUGACGUCUUGACGUCAAUGACUGCGACACCUAUUGAAGUUCCAUAUCAUGAUGAAGGACUUGGAGAGGCAAUUUGUUGGAGUGUUGACGGUCAGAAUUACUAUACACUGCCUGAAGGUCACAACCCACCACUUUACAUUUAUACCCGGAAUGAUACUGGGAGUCCGGAUAUAGUUGGAAAUCUUAUUGGAAAGUGACAGUAAUUUCCACAUUGCUUUUCAUCUAUUUUAGUUUAUCACUUGUAUAUAGCAGUGUUUACU